AUGUCUGGACGUGGAAAGGGAGGAAAAGCCAAGACCGGAGGAAAGGCGAAAUCUCGUUCAUCGAGAGCCGGACUUCAAUUCCCAGUCGGUCGUCUUCAUCGUCUUCUUCGCAAAGGAAACUACGCUCAACGCGUCGGAGCCGGAGCCCCAGUUUACUUGGCCGCUGUUCUCGAAUACCUCGCUGCUGAGCUUGCCGUUCGCAACGACGAGGAAUUGAACAAACUUCUCGCCGGUGUGACCAUCGCUCAAGGAGGAGUUCUCCCCAACAUCCAGGCUAUUCUUCUUCCAAAGAAGACUGCCGGAGAGAAGGAGUAA